AUGGUCAACACUAUCCAGAGGAUUCAGAGACGUGCAGCCCAGAUCAUCACAGGAGAAUUCCGGACAACUGCCGGUGCCGCGGUGGACGUAGAAGCUCAUCUGCUCCCGGUGCAACAACAACUCGAGCAAACAGCAUUGGAGGCCAUGAUGCGCAUUAGAACUACACCUCUAUACAUCGACAUAGCCUCAACCGAGAUCAGCAGGAGCAGCGAACAGAGCCCCCUCGGCCGCUUCUCGAGUAUCCUCGAACGUAAAUAUAAGGUGCAGCUCGACCGGCUUGAAAAGCGUAUACCGCAUGUGGUGCCGCCAUGGUGGAUCCCACCGUUCGUCCACAUCAAUGAAUCCGCAGAGAAAGCAAUCAAGAAACACGAUGCCAUCGAGGCAGGAACGCUAUGCAUCUACACCGACGGAAGUGGCAUUGAUGGCCACAUCGGAGCAGCUGCCGUAACGCGUGCACCACACGCCAACGGACCUUGGACGAAGCAGACUCAAUAUAUGGGUACAUCCAGGACCUCCACAGUGUACGCGACAGAGCUCCGAGGGCUCGUUCUGGCACUGCAGAUAGUCCUCGAUACGCCGCCAAUAUGCGUCACGUCAGAUAGAUGCGCCGCUAUAUUCACUGACAGCCAAGCCGCUAUCCAAGUCAUUCGGAAUCCCAAGCAUCCAUCCGGGCAAUACAUUCUGUUCCGAUGGAUUCCGGCACAUGUCGGGGUGGCAGGUAAUGAGGCAGCCGACCAAGCAGCGAAAGAGGCCGCCAGAACCAAUCCAAGCACGGGAGCGAACACUGUGCGAUCGCCAGAAACAGACUCUCUGCGGAUACUCGCAGCUACCACCAAGUCCAUCAUCCGUCAAGCGAUGAGAGGCGAGUGGGACACGGCCUGGGAGAAUGCCAAGCACGGUAGAGAGCUCUUUAGGCUCGGGGUGAGGCCGGGGAAGGCGAUCUUCGACACGCAUAUUGACACCCAUAGAGCGAUCAGCUCCGCCAUCACACAGAUGCGCACGGGCAAGAUCGGCCUACGUGCAUACCUCCACGCCAUCAACAAGGCAGACUCCGACCAAUGCGAAUGCGGCCACGGGCCACAAACCGUACGACACGUCCUGCUCGAGUGCCGAAACUGGGCGGACGAACGACAUCUAAUGUGGGCAGGCAAGGUUCCAUGCAUCGACAUCAAACGCAUUCUCUGUAGCCCGUCAAUGGCAGUACAAGCAGCAAAGAUGAUCUUGAGGACUGGACUGCUGGGACAAUUCCGAGCAGUACCACCCACGGUACUAAACUACACAUAG